AUGAAACGCAAGAGAGACAGCAAGGAUACCUCUGACAGUAUCAAACGUACAAAAGCGAGCGCCCAGCAAGGACCAGAUCACGACCAUCAAUCCGCACCUAGUAUUCUUCGGCUAUACUAUCCCCAAGUUCUUACCUUACGAGAAUACCUUCUACAAGCCACCACGUCAAAACACAAGAAGCGACGAAUCACCAACUAUGGCUCUGGUACUGGGAGCAGCUCUCAAGAUGCAGAUGCCGGAUUCGUUAAUCUUCUGGAUACCGUGCUUGUGGGAUUUCAUACCGUGAAGAAGGAGGAAAGUGAUCUCGUCGACUAUCAGAAUGAGCUCAGCAUUUUCUCAACACAAGUGACUGGAUCUGAGGCUAAGUCCAGUGGUUCGCAACCUGUGCUGCCCUUCGCUGAGAUCGUGGAGUUUGCUAUCUGGCAGUUGUUCCGUAAACAUACUUCAGGACAUCGACCGCCUCAUGUGCUUUGCCAUGGAUAUUGGCAUACUGGUCUCGGUGAAGUCAAGAUAGCAGAUCGAGAAAAGGUGGAGAAUAACCAUGGAGCUGAAGCUACUUUGCCAGAUCGGAAUGAGCAUGUCGAUAGACUCAAAGGCGAGGCUUGGGCUGCUCUUCCCAGUCUAGUCGGUGCAGGAAGUGCUUUGAUCCUUGUUCAGCUUCUGCAAAAUUGUGGCAUGUUUAUACCGCUGGACGGUGGAAAGAACAACUACUUGCAGAUCAGUGGCACUGAUCUCUCCGAGCUGCGCUCCCUCGACAAACACAAUCCAACAGGUGGGCUGAAGCCGAACGGCAGUACGAAUGCAGUAGUUCCACUGCCCGGAAAGAACAAACGUCCACAGGUCAAGAACACACUCAACACGAUUCGA